AUGCAAGCUAUUCGGAACAUGUUCGGCGGCGCCGGCGGCGAACGCGUACCGAUGAAGAUCAAUCCAAAACAUUUCAUUCUGAAAACUGACGUCACGACCGUCCCUUCCGGUCACGCGAGCUUCGUCGCCGCCACCGGGUGCUUCUGGGGCAGCGAGAAGAUGUUCUGGCGCGUCCCAGGGGUUCGGGCGACGUCGGUGGGGUACAUUGCGGGUAAGAUUGAGCACCCGACGUACGAGGAGAUUUGCGGCGGACGCACGGGACACGCCGAGUGCGUUCGGGUGAUCUACGACCCGAAGAUCGUGUCGUUCGCGGAUCUGUUGGCGAUGCACUGGACAUCGCAUGACCCGACGCAGGGUGAUGGGCAAGGGAACGAUCGCGGGACGCAGUACAGGAGCGGAUUGUAUUGCUCGACGGAUGAGCAGUUGAAGAUGGCGAGAGACUCGAGAGAGGCGUAUCAGGGCGCGCUGCGAGCGGCGGGGAAGAACAGAGAGAUCACGACCGAGAUCAAGGGGCCCGGGGAUACUUUUUACUUCGCCGAGGAUUACCAUCAGCAGUACUUGGCGAAACCGGGAUCUAGAAAGUACUGCAGCGCCGAGCCCACGGGCGUGCCCAUGCCCACUGCGUGGCUCAAGGCGAACGGGGGGAAAUUUGGACCGGGUUUUUGGGCCAAGUACGGUCCUAAACCGGGGUGCACGAUCGGCGUCCCGGACGCGCAAGUCUCGCUCGACGCCGCGCUCGAAGCAAAGUGA